AUGAAAUGGUAUUUCCAGGCUCCAGCACGCUCGGUAACUCGCGCGUUUUCGAUACCAGAAAGACCUCUGAACACCGAAGAAGUAGCUAGGCUGGCAUCCUCCUUUGUUUGUCUAUGGUUUGCAGCCAAUUGGUCAGUCAAUGCGGCACUCGGCUACACAUCCGUCUCCAGUACCACCAUCCUAUCGUCUAUGAGUGGAUUCUUCACCCUAGGGUGUGGUGUGAUGUUCGGGGUCGAAAAGUUUAGCCUUGGUCGCUUGAUCGCUGUGGGAGCAAGCGUAAUCGGAGUUGUGUUGGUCUCAAAGUCCGAUCAUGAGAUGGCAAACGCUCAUGGCACCUCUCACAGCGGUCAAGCUGUUUUGGGCGAUGCUCUUGCAUUGUCUUCGGCUGCAUUAUAUGCACUAUAUGUACUUUUGAUGAAGGUCAAAGUGAAAGAUGAAUCGCGUGUAGAUAUGCAACUUUUCUUCGGCUUUGUUGGAGUGAUUUGUCUUCUGGGCUUUUGGCCAAUGGGGUUUAUCCUCCAUCUUGCUGGCAUAGAGCCAUUCGUGCUUCCCGGCUCCCGAAAACUUUGGCUAUCAGUCGCCAUCAACGCAAUGAUUACUUUUGUUUCCGACUACCUAUAUAUGCUUGCGAUGCUCAAGACCUCGCCAUUGGUUGUUACCCUGGGACUUUCACUUACAUUGCCUGUGGCGGUCUUGGGUGAUCUGAUCAAAGGACUAUCACUCCAGCUUACUGCUCUUGUCGGUGCUGCCCUCGUGUUGAGCUCAUUUGUACUCCUUAGUAUGGUGGAGGAACACGAUCAAUAG